CUAUGAUGAGACCGAGAUAUCUACAUUUUGCAUCCUGGUCGCUGUUCCUGCCAAGCAAACCCGUUACCCCAGCAACCCCACACUACCCUCCAUCCCACUUCCUCACAACCCCACCACCAAGGUAAGGUCCCACGCAACGACGCGUGCCACACACCGACGACCUACGACGACGACGACAGAUACGAUGGAUACCCAGCGACCGCCGAAGAAACCGGCGAGGGUGUAUGGGAAGAAGAAGCAAGUCUCCAAAAGCGCGGGGAUAUUUUUGCAGGAUUCGUCGCCGGCGCCGAGGAAGGUGGGGGAGGUGGAGAUAGAGAAGACGGCGGAGGAGGCGGUGGAUGAGAAACUUGAGGAGGAGGGGAAGGAUAGCAAAGAUGCUGUAGGGAUCGAGAAGCCCGCAACUGAAAGCCAGAAGAUGGGCUCGCCAAAGAAGAGCGGUGAUACCAGCGCAACACCUGCCCCAGAGACAGCGACGACUACGAACGCGAAAUCGAAAAAACCGAAGAGCUCACGGAAGAAAAAGGAGGCAAAAGAACAAAAGACAGUGGAUAAUGGAGAAACCCAGCCAGCCGCCGCCGGGCACAGCGAAUCCAAACCACCCAAACCGCAACCACAACCCCCGACAAAAUCAAAACCCCCCUCCUCCGACACAGAAGCUCUGGCAGAUCUAACACACACCCUCAACGCCCUCCAACUCACCCCCGCCUCCCCUCUCCCCCACCCCGCACCACCAAAACACCAACGCACCCGCCGUCCCCGCCCCUCCACCACCCCCUCCCCCACCACAAAACCCCCAUCAACCUCAAAACCCCCCACCAACUCCCCCCCCCCACCCGCCUGGCUCGCCCCCCUCCCCUCCCCACUCCCCUGGUCCCACCUCCUCUCCCCCUCCUGGCCCCUAACCAAACUCACCGAGUCCUCCUACGCCGAGAUCUACACCCUCCACAACCCCUCCGGCUCCUCCAUCCUCAAGAUCCUCGCUCUGCGUCCUCCGCGCGGGCCGGGGAGUAGGAGGGAGACAGCUUGUAAAGUCGAGGAUGUGCUUAGUGAAGUUGCGAUCUUGGAUUUAGUCACCGAUGUCGCAGGGUUCGUGGUGUUUCGCGGUGUGUUUGUCGCCAAGGGUGGUGUGCCGAGUGGUGUUGUUAAGGCGUGGGAGGGGUGGAAUGAUAAACCCCCCGGUGCUGACGCUACUGCUGAGGAAAGCGAGUCCUGGGACUUAGGAUACGGACGGAGUGCGUUUCCGCACCCGUCGAAGUAUCAUAAGGAUCAGUUAUUCUUGGUGCUGGAGCUGGGAGAUGCGGGGAAGGAUUUAGAGCACUUCAACUUGACGACGAGGGAGGAGCUGUGGGAUGUUUUUUUGGGAACGGUGGGGGCGCUGGCGACGGGGGAGGAGCUGUUUGGGUUCGAGCAUAGGGAUUUGCAUGAGGGGAAUAUAUGUCUUCGUCGCGCUGGGCCUUCUUCUCGAAUACCCACGGCGACUGCGACUUUGUCAACAUCCGCAUCUGAGCUCCGCGGCGGAUUCUCGGGACUGGAAAUCACUUUACUGGAUUACACCCUCUCUCGCGCGAUGACGGAGGAGGGAAAAACACUAUUCCUCGACCUCGACGACCCCGAAAACGCCGCUCUCUUCGAGGACUGCGAACCAGGCACGAAAGAGCAGGAGCGGAAACAACGGCGCGUCUACUACGCUAUGCGCGAACAUGUCAUCGCUCAAGAACUCCUCCUUACUGGUGCGUUACAACAACAAACGGGGAAGGGAGAAGAAAGCAGAUGGGCGAAACACCACCCCUUCACGAAUGUCCUUUGGCUGGCUUAUGUGCUGGAAUACAGUAUUUCGCAUUUUGAAGGGCCGAAGGGGGAGUUGAAAUUGUUUGAGGGGGAGAUUAGGGAUGUUAGGAUGAGGUUGCGGGAGGGGAAAGGGGGGGGUGGGUGGGGGAGCGUUGCGGAGGUUAGGGAGGAGGUUUGGGGACGGGGGUGGGUGGAGUUGGAAGAGGAAGAGUGGGAGGGGGAGGGGCAGUGAUGCAUAGGUGGGGAGGAAAUCGAAGAUUAAAGUUUCUGAGAUGGGAAUACGCACCCCACAAUGUGCUUGGCACACAUACACGCUGGGUCGACGCAUCUGCAGCGCGGGUAUCCCGCACAAGCCUUGCGACGUCCGUGCGGGAGAUAACGACGUGCGGCGCGCGGUUAAUACCCAUGACGGAGUGGGAAGUCGUGACGAGCGGGGAGAAGGAUGCGGUAUGCUUGGAUGCAACCAGGAGAGAGAGAGUGGUUAGAAGGGAUUCCAGAUAGAAGAGGUGUACCAAGGGGAACCUCGAGAGACGUAGGGACGUCGGGACCAGGGGAGGAGAAGGGCGAGCGAGUAUGAUAGAAAGGAGGGAUACAGACCUUGUGAAUUGGAGUUCGGGGCAUAGCAUACACAGCGGGGAUAGAUACCACACCACAUAUACACAUAAACAGCAUUACAAUCCUUCACUCCAACCACAAUCAUAAAUCAUAGUCACAACCAAAGCCAAC